CUUGCAAACGAUGAUGGCGGUCAAAAUAAACUUUUUUAUUCUCUUAUUCACAUUCUCUAUAGCAGAGUACGUUCGUUCUGCUCACAUCUUGGGAGUUCCAGUCUACGGAAAAAGCCACGCUUUUGUUUUCAUGAAGAUUGGUCGGGAACUUGUGAAAAGAGGACAUCGAUUUUCAAUGGUCAUUCCUUCUGUCUUUGAGGAGGAAUUGAGGCUCAAGGAAACAGCAAAAGGACUACAAGUGGUUUCCUUCAAUUGCAACUUCAAACAAGCGGAUCUGGAGAGAUUGGUGAUGAUGCAAACCCUAGGUAAAUGGAAAGAAUUUUCUGAUGGAUUUGGUGCUAUGGUACAUGAAGUGUGCGAGGACACACUAAGAAGUGACAUUUACGCUCAAAAGCUUCACGAUGCAAACUUUAUGUUAUGUGAUGUUUCAUUGCCUUGUUGCCCCAUACUUGCCGAUAAACUUGGAAUCCAACGCGUUGACAUUUUACCCACUGGCUUUGGCGACCCCAUUCUAAGCAUCAUCCAUAACUUCCCAGCAUCCUUAGCUCAAAUACCACAAUUUCCGUGUUUCGUACCGAUGCCAAAACCGUCAUUUUUUGGAAGAGUCCAGAACUUAAUGAUUUAUAGUUUAAUGUACGUGCAUACUUUCCACUUUACUGGACUAUUUAGAAAAUUGCGGAAACAAUAUACACCCAACUCAAAAUAUGAAAACCUUGAGGGCCUAGUUCGUUCCACAGGUUUACUACUCAUACCAGUGGACUUUGCAUUGGCCAAGAGCCGCACAAUUGAACCAUACAUGAAGGUUGUAGGCCCAAUACUUCCUGAGCCCUCCAAGCCAUUACCAUAUAAUUUUCUGGAGAUUAUAUCGUCUGGACCAUUUAGGGAUGUGGUACUUGUGUCAUUUGGUACUAUCAUUUCAGACUUUAAAGAAGGCUUUGUGGACACAGUUAUAUCGGCACUGAAUGAAAUCCCAGCCACUGUGAUAUGGAAAUACAAGGGAAAAAUGCCACCCAAUGUUGGGCAAAAUGUGAAGAUUGUUCCAUGGUUUCCCCAAAACGACUUGCUUGGGAAUUCUGCGACCAAAGUGUUUGUAACUCAUGCUGGUUUAAAUAGCAUAUACGAAGCAUGCUUUCAUGGCGUGCCUAUGGUUGUUGUACCAUUUUUUGCAGAUCAGUUCAGCAAUGCUCUGGAAGCUGUGAAUACUGGUGUUGGUGAAAUGAUUAAAAUCAAUGACAUCACAGCUGAAAAUCUUAUAAACACGAUCCAGAAGGUCCUUACCAACCAAUCGUACACCGCAAACGCAAAGAAACUUGCAUCAAAGAUGAUUUAUCCAGGCAGAACGAUAUCCACAGCUGAUGGACACACACACACCCAACUACCAGCCAUGAUCAGAACACCAACAGAACAGGCUGCAGAUUGGAUUGAAUAUGGUUUGCACUAUGACGCCGGUCUUCAUUUUCGUAGCGAGGCUGAUAAGUUAUCCUUUAUUGAAGCUUACAUGUUGGACGCAAUUUUGUUUUGUGUUAUUGGUUUGAUUGUGUUUUUAAAGUUGCUGUGUGCCAUAGGGAGAUGGUUGGUAAAGUUAUGUUGGAUUUUGACUAGUAAGCAAAAAACGGAAUAACGGUAUCAGAAAUGAUUUGAUCACAGCCAUGCAUAAUAUAGAGGAUAUUACAUGGGCGCGCGGAGAUACGGAUUUUAUCUUCGAGUGUUGAAAAGAUCUCUCACUCGUUCGC